CUUUUGAUCCAUGAUCUUAGCAUCCAUCAUGGCGACUUCUCAGGCUCGACUUCUGGCUAGAAGCUGAGCAAAGUGGUGAAGUGAACUCGUCGCUGGGUUUUAGACGAUGUCUACAGAAGCCACAGAAGGUGAGCCCCCCUCCCCACAAAUACGUCUGUACAUGCAACUAGUUACUAGGAGCAGUGUGGAGUAAGAAAAGAUGGCUAAACAGGGUGGGAAGGAGUCGACUACUCUGAAGGACAAGGUGAAGCAGCUGUUCCGGCCCAAACCCAGCCGAGUGGUGACCAGCGGGAUCCAUGGGAAGGACACGAGGGAAGAGAUCACCUGCACACCUGAACUACUCAAGGAGAUCGGUCCAGAGAGCCCUCUAACCAACCGUCUCAAGGCACUGCGGGAGUUUGGAGAUGUGGUGGCCAGCAGACUGCUUGAAGAUAAUGCCGUAGAGGCCCUAUGGCUGAACAUCUCGGACCUGUUGGAUCCGCAGGCCUCGGCUGAGGCCAGACAUGUCGCCCUCCGAUUUGUACAGUCACUCAUCCUGGGGCAGUACGACAGACUGGGCAUCAUGAGAGCACACUUCUUCCGUGUGGUCAGACAUCAUCAGGUGUUUGAGGACAUCCCGGAAAGGUUGGAGGUGUUUAAGGCCCUGAGUGACAAUGGGAAGGACAUUACAAACUUUGAAGAGGAGACAGGUCCCUUCCUGCUGGAGUGGAUGCCUGAUGCUGUCAGCUAUGGGAGAACAUUUGAGUUCAUGACCUUGAUGGUCAAUGUCAUCAAGUUCAACUCCAGUUUCCUGGAUGAGGAGAUUGUAGCUGGCCUCGUGCGCCACACCUGUAAUGUGUGUAACCAGGCCAACUCGGAAGAGGAAAUCGAGGCAUCCCUGCGUGUGUUGGAUGCAGUGGUGUGUUACAGCUGUCUGCCCUCAGAGUCUCUGUACCAGUUCAUCACCACACUCUGUCGAACUAUCAAUGUGGACAAGUUCUGCCAAACCAGCUGGAAGCUGAUGAGAAACCUCCUAGGAACCCACCUGGGCCACAGCAGUAUCUACACCAUGUGUACUAUCCUGCAGGACAGCCAUAACCGCUCUGACCACCAGCUGCUGAGGGGAGCAGUGUUCUAUGUUGGCAUGAGCCUGUGGGGGGCGGGGAGAGUCAACUCCCUCCGUCUCACCCCCACAUCCGUCCUGCCAUCCUUCCUGCAGGCGCUGUCGUCCAACAACACCAUUGUAGCAUAUGAAGUGGUCCUGAUCAUCCAUCGGCUGAUUAAGAAGUACGGGAAGGACCUGCAGCAGGUCACAUGGGAGAUCCUGACGGACAUCCUGGAGGCCCUGCUCAAGUACAUCCAGACCUCCCCUGGAGCCAGUGAGUCCCUCCUGCUGAACUUCCAUGCUGUCCUGAGUACUGUUGAGUUCCUACAUGAGAACAAGUGCUUCAAUGGGUCAUCAGAGAGGCUCUUUGGAAUCAUCGAGAAAUUUGCCAACAAAAGACCUGAGAGUUCUGUCCUCCUCCUGGUGUCGUACCGAGCCCAGUCCAUCCACCCUGCCAAGGACAGCUGGAUCCUCAACCUGCAGAACCUUAUGGACAAGUACUUCAGGUAUGAGCUGCGCACCCCCAUCAGAAUCAAGGUGUUGGAUGUUCUGUCUGCUGUGCUCAGCUCCACCAGACACCUGUAUGAGGAGAACCUGAUUGAGGGUGUGGUGAUCCCCCAGCUGGGUCAGAUCGCGGAUGACCCUGAUGUGGAAGUACGGAACGUUGCCGUGCAGCUGCUGAUGGACCUGGCACAGACAUGUAACACUGAGAGAUGCCUGGAUAUACUCGCCAUCAUAGAGAAGGUAAUUUCCCGUCCAAUGGACACCAAGAAACCGCUGCCCACCACCCCUGAGGGAGCACCUGAAGCCAAACCUGCAGCUGUGGACGACUCGCAGCUGGCUGACAUCCAGACAGCUGUGCGUGGGCUCAUCGAGCUGUUUCAGACAAAGCUGUACAGGCUGCCGUCAGCCCAUGCCUGCCAGGUGUACUACAUGCUGAUAGGCCACGUCCAGUCUCACUACCAGCACCACUACACGGCACACACCGCCUGUCAGAUCAGACUGGAGGUGUUCACCUGUCUGUUGCACCUGCGGGCCGACCCCCUCCACAGACUGGGUCUGCCAGAUAAGGACGGCAACUACAAGUUCACAGCUUACAUCACCUGUGAUAUGAAGGACUCGGGCAGUGGUAGAAGCUCACGGGCCACCUCCCCUCCAACAUCACAUAAGGCCAAGUCCCCCACCCCAGGGUAUACUCUCAAGAUGUCCAGCCUGCCUUUCUGCAAGGCUGUCUCUGCCGUCCUGAAAUGUCUUGGCAAUGAGACAGAGUGGGAAGUGUUAAAGCUGGUUCUACAGAAACUGACAGAGGCUCUACAGAACAAAGCCCUGAUCCUGUCUGGACAUGUCUCUAAUGUGGAGGAACUCUGCUCCAAACUCUGCACAAUGAUUGCACUCCUUUCCAGACAAUGUCUGCAGGUCGGACAGCGAACCAUCCUGGAGAAACUACAGCACACGCCUAAGGAAUUUCCCCGCUCGGAGUUCCAGUCUCACAUGUACCCCGUCCUGACGGCUCUGGCCACCUACCACGCACACCUGGACCAGGCUAGGCAGAGAGAGCUUGUGCGCUGCCUGGAGUCUGGCCUGGUGUCCAAGUGUGCUCAGCAGUGCGUGUGUGCCCUGACCGUGUGCAGUCUGGAGAUGAGGGAUGUCAUGAUGAGGAUGCUGCCAUCUGUGCUGCUGCGCCUGUCUCAGAUCUCAGCCACUGUAGCCAUGGCCAUCCCUGUACUGGAGUUCCUGUCAGGUCUGAUUCGCCUGCCCCACCUGUAUGCCAACUUUGUAGAGGAGCAGUACAUGAGCAUCUUUGCCAUCGCCCUGCCCUAUACAAACCCAUUCAAGUUUUCCCAGUACAUCGUUGCCAUGGCGCACCAUGUGAUCGCCAUGUGGUUCAUCCGCUGCAGACUGCCCUUCCGCCGCAGUUUUGUGCAGUACAUCACCAAGGGUCUGAAGUCGAAUGUGCCAAUAGAAGACCGGAGUGCAUCGUCCCCCUCCUCUCAUCACUCCCCUGUAUCCAGCACCCAGGACCAGUUCAGGACAAGGAGCGCCAGCUUCACGGAGAGGCCCAGAAGCUUCAGGCCCAGCCCAAAGUCCAAAUUUGAGCUUUUACAGUUGGAACGGAGUUUCACCUGGCGUGAGACGCGGCAGUCCGAUCAUACCCCAGCCAUGGAUGAGAGACAGGAAACCUUACUGAAGGUCCACACUGAACUACUGGAGACAUGUCUGGACAUGAUGGCCAGAUAUACCUUCUCUACCUGCUCCACUAUUCCAAAAAGAUCACCUGUUGCUGAAUUCCUAUUGGCUGGUGGACAGACCAUGACCUGGUUGCUAGGCAACCAGCUCAUCACGGUGACCACCAGUGGAGGAGGUCUGAAGAUGAGGAAGAACGGAGUGUGUGAGAAGUGUGCUUCCCUUCUCAACCUGGAGGAUGACAAGCCGACUGAGGAUAAAAGUGAUCAUCCUUCCAUGAAUGCUCCUGUGACAGCUGAAGAGUACGUGGAGGCAGAGUUCCGUGAGAGGUCAGACUCUGCGUCCAAGGGAACCCAGGAGGCUCCUGGGAAGCUGGAGACACUGACAACAUCUCCGUCUAUACCCCCAGCUGGUAACAAAAGGGAGAGGAAGCGAUCCAAGUCUGGAGGGAAGUACCUGAGCUCUGCCCCCACCCCCAUGUCUCUGCUGAAGGAGGAGUUUCAGCUUUUCAGUCAGGGUCUGACAGAGAAGGCACAGAUGGACGUAGAUGAGAAGGCAACUAUCCAGGAGGACAGGAGUGGGGAGGAGAGAGAAGAGGUUCUGGAGGCAGAGGAGAGAGAGCUAGAGGAGGAGACGAGGAUGGAUCGUACACCUGAGGACUCCCCAAGUGUGACAGCGGGGCAGGUGGGCAGGAGAGCAGAGAUGCUCCAAGAUGUCCCCAAGGAGCAGCCUUCUCCAGCUAUAAAUCCCAAGGCCAAGAAUUCUCCCACCAAGCUGGUCAGUCGAUACGAGUGCAACUGCUGGUGCCAGGGCUGGGCGGAGAUUCUGAUCCGCCGUCCGACUGGGAACACGUCCUGGAUGAUGCGGAUCCAGAACGCCCGGCUGGUGCAGCCCGACCAGGACUUCCCGCUGGCAGACAUCGCCACGCUGCUGCUGGGGCAGAAGGAGGAAGGUCUGGGCAGCAUCCCUACUUUACCAGCAUAUGGUGUAAAAGUUGGAUAUUGUUGUUUGUUAGCUGUUCUGCUGUCUGACACUGUUUGUCCUACAGAGAAAUAUUCAGCUGCCAGCCGUUACCACCGGUCAGAUUCUGCCCCUCCCUCCAUGGGAGUCAAACAGGAUCGAGCCAGCAAACCAAUACACGAGACAGUUUCAGAAGUUGUACAUGUGGAUGCAGGGGAAGAUGAAGAAACCCAUGAAGAGGACAAAGGCUUGUUCCACAUUGGUUCACUUGAGGAUGUCCAGAGCACAGAAACAAUAGGCUUUCAAAAGCCUAUCCUUGGAACUUCUCCAGUGGAAACCUUGGACGUGGUUGAGCCACCAAAAGGUGAGGAUGAAAAUCAGGAAGAAGUGGUUCUUGAUAAGAGCCCCCUGUCUCCAAUCCGCAAGACCAACUCUUCCCCACAGCUAACUGGAGACUGGGCAGUCUAUCAGGACAAGGAGGAGGAGAGGAUGGAGGAACUAGACAAUGUCUUCCAGUCACAAGAUGAUGAUGAUGAUGAUGAGAGAAAAAAUCAAAAUGUACCAGAUGAUAAGAACAAUUCCACACUGACUGUGAAGCAUGUUCCUAAAGCUGUUGUGGAACCAACACAACCUGUGGGGAAGGAAAGUGAUACGUGUGAAGGCGGUACCUCUAAUGUUUCCCUCAAGAGAGUGGAUUCAAAAGAAAGGCAGGAAAGACAAGUGGAAAGAAAAGAGUCAACAGAAAGGCAGGGUAAGAUUGGAGAAAGGAAAGAGUCAACAGAAAGGCAGGGUAAGAUUGGAGAAAGGAAAGAGUCAACAGAAAAGCAGGGUAGAUCUAUGGAGAGAAAGGACUCACAGGAGAAACAAAAGUCAGCAGAACGGAAGGAUUCCAAGAGUCGGCAGUCGGGAGGGUGGGCUGGCAGCCGUAUCAUGGAGGAUGUCAAGGAGACCGGACCCCCUCCCAGCAUGGAGACACCCACCACUCCCCAGGCCUCCCCACCAAUGAUGAGAAGACCGAGGGCACAGACUGUGUCAGUUAUGACACCUGGAGUAAACAGAAGGGAAGAGUUCUUGGAGAGAAAGAGGAGAAUGCAACCACCUGUUAAGGAAGGCACAGGGUCAGGUGUGAGUCCAAGCUUUGUGUUCCUUCAGCUGUUCCAUUCAGCUGCAUUUGGCAGUGUAAAUGAGAAGCCCAUCCUGCUGCCAAAGUCUGAGGCAGUUGGGCGAGCUGUGAAGAACCUGGACAGAAUCCCUCCCUAUGAGACCCACAAAUGUGGGGUUCUGUAUGUGGGCCCAGGACAGACCACAGAUGAGAAGGCCAUCCUGUGCAAUGAGUUUGGUUCCCUGCGCUAUGUGGAGUUCCUGAGUGGUUUGGGCAAUCUUAUCUAUCUGAAGGACUGUAACCCUGAUGAGGUCUUCCUGGGGGGUCUGGACUGUAACGGCAAUGACGGCAAGUUCACCUACAGCUGGCAGGAUGAUGCCAUGCAGAUGAUUUUCCAUGUUGCUACCCUGAUGCCGUACCGGGAGACAGACAGGAACUGCCAGAGUAAAAAGCUUCACAUUGGCAAUGACUUUGUCACCAUUGUGUACAAUGACAACACAGAGGACUACAAGCCAGACACCAUCAAGGGCCAGUUCAACUUUGUGAACAUUGUGAUCAUGCCUCUGGACAACAGCAGCAACCUGGUCACCAUUAAGGCUAAGAAAGAGGUGGAGAACAUGGUUGGUGAUACCAGCUCCAAAAUCAUCUCUGAUGACAACCUGGCUCUUACAGUGCGACAGCUGGCACUGCAUGCUAAUUUGGCAUCUAUGAUCCACCGCAGUAAGAACUCCCCAGAAGGAGUGUACGCCUCCAAGUGGCUGGAGCGCCUCCGUCAGAUCAAGCGUAUCCGAACAAAGGUGACCCAGGAGCUGGAGGUCCAGUCCCCCCCGUCCCGGACAACGUCCCCCUCCAGCCCUCGCAGCCUGCUGUCAGACUUUACAGGGUUUGUGUGAGAACAUUGGGACUAAACAGAAAGGGAUGACCGGAGUCUGGGAGUUUUGCACAAGUCGAUUUGUUGCACAUCUGUGGUUAGUCUGAAAGACAUCGUAAUUGCUGCUGGAUGUUUGAUAUGUGCUCAGCACCGUCAGUGGUUUAAAGGAUGGUAAACCUUACGUUACAUCUAGCUUAACUAGUACAAAAUGGUGAAUCAAUGAUAAUUACUCAACCUGAGAUGGCUGUGUGUAAAAUAUUUAUGUUUUUCAAAUUUAAAGGACAGUAUUAUUGGUUUGGCUUACCUGAUAGUGGCAUUCGUAUAGACAUGUAUUCCUUGUGCCAAAUAUCAACGUCUAUAUGAUAACAUAACAACAUAUCUGUAAACUAAUGUCAAACUUAACUUUCUCCAAAAAUAGAAUUAGUAAGCCUGGAACGUAAAUCAUUUCAAGUUGUCCAAACCACACAUGUAUCUAUCUUUUACAUAAUGUAGUCAACCUAUGUCUGAAUACUGUUCAGAUUUUAGAGCAGAGUAAAAUGUACUAUCUGAAUUUUCAUGAGCAUUUCAUUAUCUUGCUUGAGGAAAGACAGCUUUCGUCAGUAUAAAUUUGACCUUCUCAGUACUGUAAAUGGAAGGCACUCACCAGAAAAGUAAACAAAUGCAAUAUCAGCACUUUGGGAUUAAUGUGAUUGGAAUUUGUAAUAAAAAAAGACUAUAUAUA